GCGCGCGGCACCCGCGCCCCGUCGGCCCUGCCGCCGCCGCCCCGAGCGCUCCCUCACGGCACGGCCCGGCCCCCACUGCCGCGGUGCGCCUCUUCCCGGCCGCGCACCAUGCCGGCCGACCUGAUGGAGAAGAGCACCGCCUCGCCGGUGGCCGCCACCCCCGCCAGUGUCAAUGCGACGCCCGACAAGCCGAAGACGGCGGCGGAGCACCGCAAGUCCUCCAAGCCCAUCAUGGAAAAGCGGCGGCGGGCGCGCAUCAACGAGAGCCUAGGGCAGCUGAAGACGCUCAUCUUAGACGCACUGAAGAAGGAUAGCUCCCGGCAUUCCAAGCUGGAGAAAGCCGACAUUCUGGAGAUGACCGUCAAGCACCUGAGGAGCCUCCAGCGAGCCCAGAUGACUGCUGCCCUGAGCACAGACCCCACAGUCCUGGGCAAGUACCGAGCCGGCUUCAGCGAGUGCAUGAACGAGGUGACGCGAUUCCUCUCCACCUGCGAGGGCGUCAACACUGAGGUGCGCACCCGGCUCCUGGGCCACCUGGCCAGCUGCAUGACCCAGAUCAACACCAUGAACUACCCUGCGCCCCCCCCGCCGCCCCCGUUGCCACCAGCCGCAGCCUUUGGGCCACCCCUGGUUCCUCCAGGUGGGGGCGUGGGGCCACUCCCGGGCAUGCCUUGCAAGCCGGGUGCCGAUGCAGCCAAGGUGUACGGUGGCUUCCAGCUGCUGCCAGCCUCUGAUGGGCAGUUCGCCUUCCUCAUCCCCAGCACUGCCUUUGCUCCUGGUGGAGCUGUGCUGCCUCUGUAUGGCGGCCCACCCACAGCUGCCACUGCUGCCUCGCCGCCAGGCCCACCACCUGGCACGGCCGACUCAGUCUGGAGACCCUGGUGAGGGUGGUGGGCACCGGACUGGACUUGGCAAUGCACCCCGUGCUGCUGGCACGGCUGUACAUAGAUUAUAUGUUCAUAUUGGAUUGUGCCUUUGUACCAUAGCACUCCCUUGACAGUGUUUCGUGUUUUACACGAGAUCUUUUUUUUCUUCCUUUCCUCCCUUUCCUUAUGUGACACCAAAGAUUGGGGGUUGGUUUUUUGGUUGGGGUUUUUUUUUUUUUUUUUUUGUUUUGUUUUGUUUUUUGGUUUUUGUUUUUGAAUGCUCUUAAAAUAAAAGUUUCCCUUCCAUUUUGGAAGGCC